UGUUCAUUUUAAUCAUCACGAUUUGGCCAUGGAAUAUGUGGCAAAUCGGCUUCGGUAGGUUUCAAUAAGUCAGGUUAUUUUAGUGUGUAACAGACACUCAGGUGAGUCUUGCUAGCAGAUUACCUGUAAUCCGUGAUGGCAGCGUUGCCUGUGACAGCUUUCAGCCCAGACAAAAAGCACAGCGAUCGAGAGAGAUGGAUCUGCAUAUAUCCAGCGUAUAUAAACAGCAAGAAGACGAUUGCAGGGGGGAGAAGAGUUCCAAAAGAUAAAGCUGUUGAGAACCCGACUUACCUGGAAAUAAAAGAUGUCCUCACUGCUGCUGGUGGCAUCAAGUUUGGCGUAGAGAACAAGCUCUAUCCGAGGGAGACGAGCAAAGAGGUCCUCUACAGGGGCAGGAUCCGAGUCCAACUAAAGGACGAUAAUGGAAAGCCCCUCAACCCUGAUUUUCCAACACGAGAAUCUGUGAUGUUGCACCUUUGCAACAUGAUCCCCAAGCUGAAAACCAGACAGGGAAAACAAGGAGGGGAGCAAGGCAGUCACAGUACCCAGAGUGGAGCUGCAACAAAGAAGAAGGGAAAAGGAAGGAGAUAAACUUUACCAAUCAUCAUAAACAUAUAUUAGAUCCAUACUAUGGUGCAGAGUAUGUUGGUACACUGUAACUAUACAAAACAAUGUAAAUAACACAAAACAAUUAAUUUUGUAUAUAUAGAAAAAAAAUGAAAAAUUUGUUUUCCUAUAAGCAUAACUUUUUUCAUUAAAUAAAAUUGAAUAAAUAUCACAUAA